AAGUAAGAGAUAUUUUCCUUUUCCUCGCGUCGAGAGCUCGCAAUCUCAUCUACUAGGGUUUCGAUUUUCUCCAGAGGUGCGGAAUUUCGAGAUUUUAUUGUACAAUAUUCAUCAUUUACGCCGAUCUGUGAGGCUUUUCUGCUGUCGGUUUCGAUCUCGCUAUGUCGUUCUAUAUAUUAUUGAUUUAUUGGUAAUAGGGUAUCACAAUUGAGGUGCAAUGAGACCAAUUUUCUGUGGAAAUUUUGAGUAUGAUGCUCGGCAGUCUGAUCUUGAGAGACUCUUCAGAAGAUAUGGGCAAGUCGAUAGGGUCGAUAUGAAGUCUGGUUUUGCUUUUGUGUACAUGGAGGAUGAAAGAGAUGCGGAGGAUGCAAUUCGUGCACUUGACCGAAUUGAAUUUGGUAGGAAGGGGCGUAGGCUUCGUGUUGAGUGGACCAAGCAAGAACGAAGUAGCCGGCGGCCAGAAAGCUCCAAAAAAUCUUCAUCUAACACGAGACCUUCAAAGACGCUCUUUGUCAUAAACUUUGAUCCGUAUCAUACAAGAACAAGAGAUUUAGAAAGACACUUUGAUCCUUAUGGGAAAAUAUUAAAUAUAAGGGUAAGGAGAAAUUUUGCGUUCAUUCAGUUUGAAUCUCUGGAAGAUGCAACAAAAGCUCUGGAUGCUACUAACAUGAGCAAAUUGUUGGAUCGUGUUAUUACUGUUGAAUUUGCUAUGAAGGAUGACGAUGAUAGGCGAAAUGGGAAUAGCCCUGACCAUGUUCGUGACCGAUCACCUAGAAGGGGCUAUGAUAGGGUGAGAUCCCAAAGUCCGUACAGGAGAGAGAGGGAUAGUCCUGAUUAUGGCCACAAUCGUGGCCGUAGCCCAAGUCCGUAUCGCAGAGAGCGAGCAAGCCCAGACUAUGCUCGUGGGAGUAGCCAGAGCCCCAAUAGGAAGGAAAGGGGAAGCCCCAAUAGGAAGGUAAGGGGGAGCCCUGAUAGGAAGGAAAGGGAGAGCUCGGAUAGGAAGGUGAGGGGGAGCCCCAAUAGGAAGGAAAGGGAGAGCCCGGAUAGAAAGGUGAGGGGGAGCCCCAUUAGGAAGGAAAGGGGGAGCCCCAAUAGGAAGGAAAGGGAUCUUAGACGUGAUCAUGAGCUGAGUCCAAGUCCCAAUAGGAAGGAAAGGGAUCUUAGACGUGAUCAUGAGCUGAGUCCAAGUCCCAGGAAGGAUGGAGAGACUGAUCACAAUCAUAAGCACAGCUCAAGUCCUCAAAGAAAGAGGUCCAACGGUGAUAUUGGCAAUGGCCUCAAUCCAGGAAAGAGUGAAAGUCCCGAGUACGAUCGUGACCCCAGUGUAAGUCCUCAAAGAGAGAAAACUGAGAGGGCAUCUAACCCCAAUCACUUUGCUCGUGAUAGGUCUCCAGCUUACAGUGACGCAGAAAGCCCCCCAGCUGAUGGAUUUGGGAGUCAAUCACCUGUGGCACGGGAAAGAUCUUGAUCGUCGUCUGCAUCUUUGGUUGUUCCAUAGAAGCUAUGUGCUAGAAUGCAGCUCAGCAACUCUUGCCAGUGACAAUUAUUAGCUUAUCUUUGUAUGCACAUUGCUUUGUUAUAUUCGACUUCUGCAUCUGGACUUGACCGAAUGUAACGUUUACUUCUGUUGUCUUCCAUCAAGAUUCUCAAAGUUACUAUCA